GUUACCCAGUCCCACGCCCCCCCUCCCCCCUAACCCCCCGCCAUCCACCCCGCAUCACCACCCACCCCCCCCACCGUCCACCCACCGCGCACCAGUCACCCCCCUACCCCCGCUCACCCCCCCCCUACCCACCUCCGACCGCCCACCCACCACCUACCGCCCCCCACCGCCACCCCCCCUACCACCCCACCCCCCCCCCACACCCCACCCACCACCGACCCGCCCCCACCCGCCCCCCCACCCCCACCCCGAGACACAACCCAUUACAUACUAAAUAUAAGUUGCGGGGUCUCGGAGGUCAACUCAUGAAAAAGUGUAACUCGGUCCCUGGUAAACGUUACGAUGCCCGUCCAGUAGGUCCCGCCGUCAACGGGAUCCGCCACGGGAUAAAGGCAGAUAACACCCAUAUGAACCCAGAUGUUUUCAAGUCAAGUCUAGAUCAAAGUCGCUGUGACUGUGGGGAGAGUGGAUCCCCCACAUUCUCUAUCAAGGCCCUCUGCCGGUUUAGGCUUUUGCCUUGUGUCUCGAGGGAAGGUCAAAGCCCCCUAGUAGCUUUCCGCAUAAUCCUAGCCUGUGGUAGGAGCAAGGGACCUUCGUCCUUGGUCACGGUAGGCUUCGUGGAGUUGAGCUGGGCGCCGAUGCCUUCCGAGAAGCCCUUUCCUUCGCUUGGCCACAAGAUUCUCACUGACCGUGGGGCGGUGUUGAAGGUCAGCUUGGUAGUCCAGGAAGUACCCCCCAGGUACUUGCCUGGAAGUCUUCCACAGUAUGUCGUCGCCGUUUGA